AUGGCGGAUGAUAGCGAUUAUGAAGACUUUCUUCGAACGCACGAAUUUCAACUCGUGUUGAAUAAUAUUCCGAAACAUUUCUAUCGACGUUUGUAUGAAAAAAUGAAAAAUGAAAUCUUCGAUAGUGGAUCGUAUUUUCAACUAUGUCCGGUCGAUGAUGAUGAUGAUGAAAUUGAAGAAGGCGCAUUCAAUGCCGAACGGCGAUACUAUGUGUCAACAUUAGAAAAUGUUGUUCUCGAUCCGAAUACCGAUGAAAACGCAAUAUUUCUUAUUGAUCAUGCCUGGACGUAUCGGAUCAAAGAUGCGCGAAGCAAUCUUCAAAACAUACCGAACUUAUACGAGCGUAUGGCAUCAUUAAUGAAUGUCGAUACGGAAACGAACGAAGAUGGAAUCGAAGUCAUUCUGCAACGUAUGUGGAAAUACAAUCAAACAUAUACAUUGACAUCAACACAAAUUAAUCCUCAAGAGGAUUGCGAAGAAGCAUACGAGCCUUAUUGGUAUAUUAUGGAUGAAUUGGGUUCAUCUAUACGCCAUUCGAGUACGAAUACCAAUGUAUGUUGCACGUCAUUUUUCUUCGGACCUACACAAACAAUGUUCUCGAUAUUCUAUCCGAUCGUUCGUAUUGAUGAACCGUAUUCGGAAAUUUUUCGAAAUUUUGUCUAUGACAAUACGGACACACUCGAACGAAAUAUUCGAUUGUUACCCUGGCGAAAUUUGAAUCAUCGAAAAGAUUUUCUUCGAAAUCUAACCAUCGAAACGAAUCCUGACUUAUUCAAUAAGAAACUUGAAAACAGUCGUGAGAUCUAUGAAAAAUGCCAUAAGAAUGAUUUAUAUGACGAAACAUCAGUUCAGUACGAAUCAUCAACUGUCGAUUUGAAUCGUAUUUGGAAAGUCUAUACUGAUCAUGAUUUAGUUAAAGAACAUUUGAACGAUUCACAUUAUCAAUUGGUUGAUAGUCCUAAUCAAGCUGAUAUUCUAUUUCUAAUGACUCAAAUGCAAGAUUUUCGUUCCGACACAUUGGGAAAGAAGUUGAUCAAUCAAUUUCCAUUGGAAAAUAUCGUUACGAACAAAGAAUUACUAGCACUGGUAGCGCGACGAUGGAAAUCUUUAUAUGACUCAAAAUCUUCACAGAAUGAUCCAUAUAUUGAUUGUCAAGGAAGUCCACCAUGGUUAGCUACAACAUUCAAUCUGACAUAUGAAUUAGCACAAUUUGCUGUUUACUUUCAAUAUCGCGAAGAUCAACGUCUUGAUAAUACAUGGAUUGUCAAACCAAUUAAUUUAACACGUUCGAUUGAUAUGUCAGUAACGAAUUCAUUAGAUAUGAUCAUUCGUCUUCCUGAGUCCGGUCCGAAAAUUGCAUGCAAAUAUGUUUCGUCACCGGUUCUAUUAAAAAUUCCCGAAAUUGAAGGUAAUGGAGUGAAAUUUGACGUUCGCUAUGUUUUACUUCUACGAAGCAUUCGUCCGUUAAAAUUAUAUAUUCAUAAAAUCUUUUGGCUUCGUUUCGCUAAUAAAGCAUUUACACUGAAAGAACUCGAUGAUUACGAAACACAUUUUACUGUAAUGAACUAUCGCCCGAAUGCAUUUCUUCGACAAAUGAAUUGUCAAACAUUUAUUUCCAUGUAUAACGAACAACAUGGCCAAAGCGAACAAGCAUGGUCGGUGGUCGAGCAACGUAUAUUUCAGAUGUUCAGAGAAAUAUUUCAUUGUGCAAGUCAUGAACAACCACCCAUGGGUAUUGUUGGGUGUCCGUCAUCUCGAGCUUUGUACGCAGCUGACUUAAUGCUCGAAAUCGUUGAUAAUCAAGUACAACCGAAACUGUUAGAAAUCAACUUUACACCGGAUUGCCAUCGUGCUUGCACUUUCUACCCGAACUUCUAUAAUCAAGUUUUCAAUGUUUUGUUUCGUGAUGUGACCGAUGAACAAGAUGUAGUAGAUAUUUCAACAUAA